AUGCGCAGCGGUCGAAUGGAGGCGCUGUUGAAGUCUCAUUAUGGUGACCCUUCGAGGGUUGAGGCUCAAAACACCCCCUCCUGGGGCGAGUCCUUGUCCUUGCGACAUAGAAGACACGAGGUCGGGAACUUCGCCGGGCCUGAUGGUGUCGAGCCCGAGCUUACGGGGGAGAUCGAGCUCCAGUGGGGCCAGGACAUCCUCUUCACUGUCGUCGUGCGUACCUCCAUCCUGAAGCAGGGCGUCGAGAGUCUCAUCCUCACCAGCUGGCAUGUCCCUGCUACCGGUGUGCCUGACGGCAAGCCCCUGGCUGGCGAGCACUGGAACAAGGUCAUCACUCCCAAGGAAACCCACAAGGUGCACUACGACGGUGCCAAGCCUCUCAUCCCCGACACGCUCGCCAAGGUGUUGGUCGAGCAGGGGAUCAUCAUCGACUGA